UAAAAAACAAAUCAAAUACACCCUCCCUCGAGGCCUCGACAGGCUGUUUCGAUGUUCUUCACGGCCAACUUCCGUAAUUUACAUUAAACCCCAAUCCACCUCCUGAUAAUUUUCGUAAUUUCUCUCGCCAAUAGACAGUUUCCCUGAGUACAAAAGCGUCAUUACAUUUCCCACACGUCACUAACCCAAAUAACCUCACCGGAAACUUUCCUCUUUUUCUCCCAUCGAAAAAAAGAGAAAAAGAAAAAACAAAAAAAAAAACAGAUCCACCAAAAAUCCUUAUUCAAAUCGAAAAAGAAAACCCUAAUUUUGUUCAAUAUUUCUUCGAUUCGAGUUCGAAUCGAAAGCGUUGGAACGCCAUGGGCGAUUUCAAUUUGGCGCUCGUAAUCGUCGCCAUUGUCGUGUGCGUCAUUGUCUUUCUCUUCAACAUUUACCUUCUGGUGAAUUACCAGCAUCCCGACGAUGCGAACCAGGCGUAUUUCCCCAAAUUUAUCGUCGUUUUGGGCCUCUCCGUCGCCGCCAUCUCCAUCCUGAUGUUGCCGGCGGACGUCGCCAACCGGCAGGCCUGCCGUCACGCGAUAUACAACGGCGCGUGCAAUCUCACGCUCCCGAUGAAGGAUCUGUGGCUCGCCGUUUACAUCCUCGACGCGGUUCUCGUGUUCUUCGUUAUUCCCUUCGCAAUGUUCUACUACGAAGGGGACCAGGACAAGAGUAUUGGAAAAAGGAUCAAAAGCGCGUUGCUUUGGGUGGUGACAACCGCCAUUGUGUGCGGUCUAGUACUCGGAAUCUUAUACGGGCUUAUUGGAGAGGUGGAUUUCACUGUUAGGCACCUCUCUUCCACCACAACUUCUUUUACUGGUGAAUGGAGCUUCUCUAGUGGUCAACAAUGUAUAGGUGGAUCACGUCAGUGCUCUGCAUAUACUAGUAAUGCUUCAUCGGAGAAGACAUGGACCAUGCGUACGACCUUUCCAGAAUAUGUUGUUGCUCUUGCUACCAUAGUCGGAUCUGUUCUUUUCUCUAUAUUUGGAGGGGUUGGUAUUGCUUGUCUACCACUGGGGCUCAUUUUUUCAUUCAUUCGGCGUCCGAAGGCUGUUAUUACUCGUUCACAGUAUAUCAAGGAAGCAACCGAACUAGCUAAGAAGGCAAGAGAAUUGAAGAAAGCAGCUGAUGCGCUCCAUCAAGAAGAAAGAAGUGGCUCUAAGGGCAGAAAAUGGCGUAAAAAUGUGAAGGCUGUAGAGAAGGAAUUGCUUCAGUUGGAAGAAGACGUGAAGCUUCUGGAAGAGAUGUACCCACAGGGAGAGAAGGCCGAGACUACUUGGGCUUUGACUGUUCUUGGUUACUUGGCGAAACUUGUUUUGGGAAUCUUGGGGUUGAUUGUUUCUAUAGCUUGGGUUGCUCAUAUCGUCAUAUAUUUGUUGAUUGACCCUCCUCUUUCUGCUUUCCUGAAUGAGGUUUUCAUCAAGCUGGAUGAUAUUUGGGGUCUUUUGGGAACUGUUGCGUUUGCAUUCUUCUGCUUCUACCUUCUGUUGGCUGUCAUUGCCGGAGCAAUGAUGCUUGGCCUGAGAUUAGUUUUUAUUACAAUCCAUCCCAUGAAGUGGGGAGCCACUCUUAUGAACUCAUUUUUAUUUAAUGUGGCACUUAUUCUCCUAUGCUCCAUCAGUGUGAUCCAGUUCUGCUCCACAGCAUUUGCUUACUAUGCUCAAGCAACUGCAGCACAGGAAAUAUUUGGUCACACUUUACAGUCACUUCGUGGGAUUAAAUAUCUGUACAAGUACAACGUAUUCCAAAUCGCAUUUAUUGUUCUUGCGGGAUUGACCUUUGUGUAUUAUGCUGCCUUUGGAUGGAGAAGAAAAAAGCCUAGUGGCAGAUUCCAACUUUCCUCCUAAGCUAUGUUUUUCAUAGAAAAUCUCACUCGUAUGGUGGAUCUAUCGGAAUUCUCAGCUUUAACAUGUUUGGACUCUGGAGUGAUCAAUGUUGUCAGAUGUGCAUCGCCUAGUUUUGUUCUUUGUUGAAAGAUUUGGAGUGGCGUAUCAUCUGAUUUGAAUUGGGUUACGGCAGUGGGAAUGGCAUUUGAUACCAUUAUUGAUUUAUGUUUUCCUCUUGUAUCUAUUAUUUUAUAUUUUUUGUUUGAUUUGUGCUAAACAUUGACUUGGUCAUGUAAUCUAGAUGUCUUUGCACACAUCCAAACUGGUUUUUUUUUUUUUUUUUUUUUUUUUUUUUUUUUUUUUUUUUUUUGAAAAUAUUCAUGUAAUAUAGCCAUUGAGAACAAAUAGUUGUACGAG